AUGGUCAUGCUGGAUUGCGAGAAUGACACUACUACGCGAGAAGACCUCUUGGUGGAGAUCUCAAACAUCCUCAACACGGGACUUGAUAGGGAAUCUCUGACCAUUUUGACCAAAAUGCUGGAGCAGGGAGUGCACCCCGAGGCUCUCGCCCGCGUCGUGCUGGAGCUGGACCGAGCACUUCUAGAUGUAAGGGAAAAGGAACAAAAGGCUGCAUCCAGAGGGAGUUAA